AACAAAUAGAAAUGAAAAUUUAAAAUAACAGCUUUAAUAAUUAGUCUGGUUGCCCAAACUAUAACUGGAUUUACAUAUGAUAAGAAGCUCUUAGUUUCCUGAAAAUUUUAUAAACUUGGAGAGUUCCCUAAUGGAGUGGAUACCACAUCAAUCUCCCUCCCCAUCUAACCCCCCUCAAUUACUACCUGCUUAUAAGUACUGCCUGUUUAUAGUUAACAAUUACACAGGAAAUAAAUCUUAUUAAAGUUACGUCACUGAAGUACAUGCUUAUUGGUAUCAUGUAAAUAAGUUUGACCGGAAACACAGUGCUCUGCAUUUUCAAUAACAAAAGGAAGUGGGUAAAAUCAGGAAAAAAAGAACGAGGUUGUUGUGAAUAUUUAGAUUACAUGGAAACUGAAAUGUGAUCGUUGAUAGAAAGGCCAAAUUCUAAUAAAUAUGAAAUUGAUGAAAGUCAGGAGUCAGAUAUUUUAUCAUUUAAUUGUUGUACACAUUUGUACAAAAACUCAUUGUAGUAAAUUAUGUGGAAACAGGUGCUGUCUUAACUUUUACCAAAGCCCGGACGGAGAAUGUCUUGAGUGUCCACUUGGAACUAAUGGGGUUAACUGUACACAAAAAUGUGUCAAAGGAUAUUUUGGGAGACUCUGUCGGUUACAUUGUAACUGCCCAGCUGAAGAAUGUGAUGGAAGCUUUGGAUGUCCGAAAACAAAUACCGUUGGAAAAGAUACAGAAAGUCAAAAUGAGUGGGUUAACAUGCUUUCUGCCUUGAUAGGAUCUGUUAUCACCAUGAGCCUGAUAGGACUGCUGUUUUACCUUAAAUCCUGGAAUAAAUAAAUUGAUAUGCAAAAAAUAUAUAACAUAAUAUUUUUGUCUUUGUUUUCUUUCAAAUGGAAGAAAUCUUCGAUUGAAUUUUUGAUGGUAAUGACUGUGAUAAUAUGAGUCAACUCAGUAAUUAAUCAGUCAUAUCAAGUAUUUUUCAUGCAGGUUCAUGAAAACAAAUGCAUCACCUACAGUUACAAAUCAGGUGUAUGAAGAUGAGAUAGGUAUUAUCACAGAAAACCCUGUAGACCAUGAGUAUGAAAGUCAAAGAACCCCGUCAUUCACAGAAACUGAAACUGUCCAGAGGACACCAAAUCAACCAGACCUGAACAGCUAUACAGAUCUGAGAUUCUCCCAAAUACAGCCUCUUAAUGACAACGCAAAGGAUGGUGAAAUUGUCCCGGAACCGGAAGUACUAUGUAUCAAAUCAAGUCCAUCGCAAAAGACUCUUAGCGAAAUGGACGUGAACAAGGACAGUGACGAUGCAGAUUGCAAAGGGGAGUAUAAAAAAUUUUCAAUACAUGAACAGAACAGUAAAAGUAUCUACGUAAACAUCCCAUUUAAGGAACAACAACCUUGAAGGACCCUGAAGCCGGUUGAUUCUGAAACGAACCUUAAAAAAAAAUACAGAGGAAAUAUGCGAUGAAUAUUGUGAUUUGUAUCAUCAUCGUCGUUUCGUUUUUCUUUUCACUUCUUUCUUUAAAUACGUAAAAAAUAAAAAAAAAGUAUUUUAAAAAUGAAUUUUUUAAACAACGA